AAUUUUCAAAAUGAUUUAUCUUUCAAUAAAAUGUAUUUUUAUUGCAACUCGUAAUGUGUUUUAGAUAGUCUAAGUGUACUUAACUAGUCUUAACAUAUAUUUCGUUAUAAAAUAACGAUAAAAAACAUCGAAAAUGUUCAAUUACAAAUAUUUAUCACGCGAACACUUGGAGGGCUUCGACAAUUACAAGUACAUGGCGAUCGACACGAGCCCUCUCAGUGUUUAUGUCAUGCACCCAUUUUGGAACAAAGUUGUGGAACUUGUGCCAAAAUGGAUUGCACCCAAUGUACUAACGUUUGCCGGAUUCAUGUUGGUUGUGCUCAAUUUCCUGAUGCUGUCAUACUAUGAUUAUGAUUACUAUGCUGCCAGCUUCUCAGCUAACAAUGCAACAUUGAUUGAUGCAACUACAAAUGGCUAUGAGGAAGUCAUACCGAAAUCACUGUGGUUCAUAAUUGCCGUAUUUCUAUUUCUUGCUUAUACCCUAGACGGUAUUGAUGGGAAGCAAGCUAGACGCACCCAGACAUCGGGACCGCUUGGGGAACUAUUUGACCACGGUCUCGAUUCAUACACGGUAUUCUUCAUACCGGCCUGUCUAUAUUCUAUAUUUGGUCGAUCGGAUUACUCUAUUCCGCCUAUUAGGAUUUAUUACGUGAUGUGGAAUCUCUUAUUGAAUUUUUAUUUGAGUCACUGGGAGAAAUAUAAUACAGGGGUUCUGUUCCUGCCUUGGGGCUAUGAUUUUAGUAUGUGGGCUUCAACCCUAUGCUUCAUAUGGACCGGUGUUAACGGUACCUUGUUCUACAAGAAAUACAUCUACGGCAGUAUGACGCUGGCGCACGGAUUCGAACUGGCGAUAUACGGAACGGGAGUCGUCACCAACCUGCCAGUGGCGCUGUACAAUAUUAAUAAGUCUUACAAAGAACGAACGGGUAAGAUGCGUUCCCUCUCUGAAGCUCUAAGGCCGCUCUGGUCCUUCACAUCCGUGUUCGUCAUCUCCUCCGUGUGGGUGCACUGCAGCGCGCGGCUGCCGGACUACGACCUGAGGAUGCUCUUCCUGUUGAUCGGAACUCUGUUCAGUAACGUAGCGUGCCGUCUAAUCGUCAGUCAAAUGAGCAAUCAACGGUGCGAAGCUAUCAACUGGCUGACGUGGCCCCUGCUGGUCAGUGCUACGGUGUCAUUGACACUGCCAGAGUACGAGCCGACAGCGUUCUAUGGCUUCACUAUGCUCACUCUAUUCGCUCACAUUCACUACGGAACCUGCGUUGUACGCCAGAUGUGCGACCAUUUCCGGGUCAGCUGUUUCCACAUAAAGCAGCGUGCUGAUUGACUCUUAGACGACAAUGCGUGCUAGACAACGUAACAUUACCGAUUGUUACCUUUUACAUUACCCAUUGCACACGGCAACAAUGUAAAGAAAACUGUUCAGAAUAUUAACGUUUGUAAUGUAAAAUGUAACAAAUCAAACAUGAUGAUAGUGUACCCAAUUAUAAAACCCCGUCUUCACCCUUCAAAUUUCUCAUUGAAUUAUUUAAUUACAUUUUUUGUUGUUGUAUAAAAACAUCACACACUAUGUGUACGUAAAUACAGGGUGUUAGAUAAAUCAAACCUUAAAAAAAAUGUUGUUAUACAAAAAAUAUAUAUUAAAAAUGUUACUUAUAAGCUCAAGAAUAAAGUAUAGUUUUCCUUAAAAGUACAUUAUCAUACUAUAAAUGUUAUGUUUUUAAUGUAAAGACGUUACACGUACUACUGAUACACAGAUCACCCAAAUAGGAUUUAUCCAAAAUUGAACAUCAACA